AUGAACUACAGCUUUUUUUUUUUUUAUUUUUCUUCUGAUGUCAUCAUCUUUUUUCGGAUUUUGUUCUUGAUUUUCACUGCCUCGGUUCCAAAUCCUGCUGUGAUUUCUUCUUCAUGUUUGUUUCUUCUUCUUCUUUUACUUCUUAUCAAAUGUCUUCUACUGUUCCACUCCUUUCUCAACAUCUUAUUUCAAAACCUGUUUCUUUCUUUUAUUCUGCAUACACCAUUCAUUUCAAGAUUUCUAUCUAUCUAUCUAUCUAUCUAUGUAAGGAUAUUCAUUAUCUAUGUAUCUAUCUAUCUAUCUAUCUAUCUAUCUAUCUAUCUAUCUAUCUAUCUCAUUAUGUAUCUAUCUAUCUAUGUAAGGAUAUUCAUUAUCUAUCUAUCUAUCUAUCUAUCUCUUUCAGCUCUACUACCAAUGUUAUCACUCUCUCUUUCUUUCUCUAACACUCUCUUUCUUAUUAUUAUUCUCUCUUUCCUCUCUCUCUCUCUCUUGUUUUUCUCUUUGUGGCUAUUGAAGUAUCUGUCUUCCAGUCAAGAUUUCUAUCUAUCUAUCUAUCUAUUCCUUCUAGCUCUACUACCAAUGUUAUUACUCUCUCUUUCUCUCUCUCUCUCUCUCUCUCUGCUUACAGCCAUAUCACAUUCAAACACUGAUUCUUGUAUGAUCAGCAAAGAGUGA